AUGCCAUCCAGACUAAGGAAGACCCGGAAACUUCCAGGCUACGUGAGCCAUGGCCACGGCCGCAUCGGCAAGCACCAGAAGCACCCAGGAAGCUGGGAUAAUGCUGGUGGCAUGCAUCACCACAGGAUCAACUUUGACAAAUAUCACCCAAGUUACUUUGGAAAAGUUGGUAUGAGACAUUACCACUUAAAGAGGAACCACAGCUUCUGCCCAACUAUCAACCUUGAUAAACUGUGGACCCUAGUUGUUGAGCAGACACGGGUAAACGCCACCAAAAACAAGACUGGAGCUGCUCUUAUUAUUGAUGUGGUACGAUCAGGCUACUACAGUUUUGGAAAAGUUGGGAAGCUCCCAAAACAGACUGUCAUCGUGAAGGCUAAAUUCUUCAGUUAG